AUGCUCGACCGCUACGAAGUACCCGCCAUCGAACCAGGCAGCAGCAAAUCCUCUGCCUCCUGUGGACGAGCUCGCUCAAUCCGCCGUAACACCAUGUCGUCUCUUCCAGACUUACCCCCUGAGAUCAUCCUCUCUAUCGCCACUACCCGCCGGACCAUUGCAAGAGUAGCGCGCACAAAUCGCCGUCUCUAUAACGUCCUGAAUCCGGCGUUAUACGAGCUCAACCUUUCUCAGUCCAGCCCCACAAAGUCGUGUAUCCUCUGGGGCGCGCGAAAAGGCUGCUUGGGGACUGUAAAGCUGGGCCAUCAGUAUGGCGGAGAUCUCAACUUGGACAUCAAGGAUACCAACUGGCCACAGUCUGGAGCUGUCAAGGCGUGGCACGGUGACAGAUGGGAGUUCGUUACCGAGUGCGGGACCGCGCUCCAGCUUGCCCUUCGCUAUGGCCACCUUGAAAUUGUUUCCUACCUCCUCGAGCAUGGAGCCAAAAUCCAUGCGCCAUCUCUAGCGUGUUGUCAUUGCCAUACGCUAGGGCGCCUCUCGUAUCCCCUUCACGAGGUUGUUUGUGACGUCCCAAGCGUGCUUAGGGCGUACCGCGAUCCCGGGCGGGAUAAAGAGGCCGCGUUAUUGCUAAUACGGCACGGGGCUUACCUCCACGCUCCCGAGCAGCCCGUUCUGCCUUCCUUGGUCGAAAAUGGCCGUCUAGACCUUAUCAUCCCGCUCCUCAAGCAGCCUGGGGUUGAUUCCGGAGCCGCAGCAUUCAUGGGCAAGACACCUCUUCACGUGGCGGCCGAACUCGGCCGCGAUGACAUCGCUAAGCUCCUACUGGACCGGCCCGAGGUUGACAUUGAUGCCCUGGAUGCUUCUAGGCGCACGGCUGCAGAGAGAGCGGCCGAGCAGGGACACACUGGAACCCUCAGGUUGCUUCUCGAAGGCGCAAAGAGGAAGUCGAGUAUGGAGCCAAAUUGCUGUGCGCGAGCUCUUCUCGCUGCUGCGGCUUCCGGCCAACUCGAUGUGAUGAAGCUUCUGCUUGGCGAGUAUAAGGUGCGCGCUUUGGAGCGAGAUGCACAUGGGGAUACUGCCCUCCACGUUGCCGUGCGGGGUGGGCACACCGCAACAGUCAAGUUCUUGCUUGGGAGGCCCGACGUCGAUGUCAACGUCGUUGGGUGCUCGGAUAUGACCGCAAUCCACUAUGCUGCCGGAGAGACACAAGAUGUUCCCCUAACACCCCUCAUACAGGCGCUCGUUGACGCCGGCGCCGAUGUUAAUGCAUCCGCCUCCUCACCUAAUGGGACCAACACACCCCUUCGAUAUGCCAUUGAGAGAAAGAGAACGACCGCCGCGCUGGCACUGCUAUCCCACGGCGCAGAUCCCUCGCUAGAGCGUGGUCCUAGCCUUCGCACGGGACUGACGCUGUUGCAUCACUGCCUGGCGCCCGAGGGCUCACACUUGUCGAAGGAAGAGUUGAGAUUGAUCAAGCAGCUGAUUGAGAAGGGCGCCGACACCGAAUCUACCUCGAUAUCUGAUGCCGUGAGACCGCCGUCCCGCACUGAUGGCCCACCGCUCUUUUUUGCUGCUGCCUAUGCUAAGUCAGACUCGUGCGUCCAGUGGCUACUCGAGGCCGGCGCAAGCGCCGACUUGUCCCUGAUCAACGCACGAGCGCCUGCAGCGAGCAACCCGCAGUCCCUCCUCAUGGCCCUCUUCUACUACUGGUUCCCCAAUGACAACUAUCAUCGCGCCGACGGCCCGAUAUCGCCACGGGUUUCUCUGGGCGAUGUCCGCCGCGUCCAGGCCUGUAUCAAGAUGCUCUUGAAACACGGUGCGCGGCUGGAUGGCGUGGGGUCGGAGCAGUCUGCGCUGCACUAUGCCUGCGAAGUUGCUAUGGAAGAAUGCUUUGAGCUUCUCUGUGUCCUGCUACGUGGAUCGACGCAUCGCAACGUCUGUCUAGCCCACGUAGAGGCGCUGAAGACGGAGUACGGCCCGGGAGGAUCGGGGAAUACAACGCCUAGGGACCACUCACUGAUCGAAGUAAGGCGCUUCCUCGAAGAGAAACGGGCGGCAGGUGUUCCUCGGGAACCCGAAUUCAACUUCACCGUCCGAGCGCCUCUCACAGGCAACGAUCCGCACGUAUCCGGAUCAGUCUCGAAGGCUUUCGCGGGGUACUGUAGUAGCAAUUCGGUGGAAAUGGCCUUCACACGAGCAACCGAGGAUUUCUCAGCUUUGGGUGGGGGCCACAACAUCCCGUACGCGUACUGGGACUACGGCGGCACACCCAAAGGUGCUAAAGAGCUGCUUCCGACGAAUCACUCUCCCUUCUUCGCACCGGAGAUCGAGACCACUUUGACAACUGGUGGAGACGCCAUUGCUCUUGCAGCCCUCGUGUUCCCCGUCGAAUAG